AAUAAAUAGGCAGCUGAGGGUUCUGGGAGCAAGAGAGGGAGGGUUGAGGAGCACGUGGAAGCUUUCAGCUGGCAGAGAUCCUUGACCUGCCAAGAUGCCAGUCGUGCACGAGCAUGGUGAGAGGAUGAAGAGGUUCAAGAACAAGGGCAAGGACACUGCAACCCUGCGCAGGCAGCGGGUGGAGGUGAACAUUGAGCUGCGGAAGGCCAAGAAGGAUGAGCAGAUCCUGAAGCGCAGGAGCAUUUCCAUUGUCUCUCUGGAGAAGAGCCCCUCACCAGAAGAGAAAAAUGUGAUUGUUCCACUGUCUUUGGAGGAAAUAGUGGAAGCUGUGAAUGGGAGCAAUACUUCGCUCCAGCUGCAGGCAACACAGGCAACCAGGAGGAUCCUGUCCAGGCAGAAGGACCCCCCUCUCAAUCAAAUCAUUGAGCUGGGGAUCAUCCCUAGGCUGGUUGAGUUCCUGUCCCGUGCUGACAAUGCUGCUCUGCAGUUUGAAGCAGCCUGGGCACUGACCAACAUCGCGUCUGGCACCUCGGAGCACACCAGGGCGGUGGUGGAAGGAGGGGCCAUCCCUGCCUUCAUCUCCCUCCUGUCCUCCCCCCACAUGCACAUCAGUGAGCAGUCCGUGUGGGCACUGGGCAACAUUGCAGGCGAUGGUCCUCUGUACAGAGAUGCUCUUAUCAAUUGCAAUGUGAUUCCUCCCUUGCUGGCUCUGGUGUCUCCUGUAACUCCAGUUGGGUUCCUGAGGAACAUCACAUGGACUCUGUCAAACCUCUGCAGGAAUAAGAACCCACACCCGCCCCUGGAGGCGGUGAGGCAGCUGCUGCCCGUCAUCACCUGCCUGCUGGAGCAUGAGGACAAGGAUGUCGUCUCUGACUCCUGCUGGGCUGUGUCCUACCUGACCGAUGGCUCCAAUGACCGCAUCCAGAUUGUGGUGGAUACAGGGAUUCUGCCACGGCUGGUGGAGCUCAUGGGCAGCCCUGAGAUGAUCGUCAUGACUCCAGCUCUGCGUGCCAUUGGGAAUGUGGUUACAGGGACUGAUGAGCAGACCCAGGCAGCUAUUGAUGCUGGUGUCCUGGCUGUCCUGCCCCUUCUCCUGCGACACACGAAGCCAGCUAUACAGAAGGAGGCAGCGUGGGCACUCAGCAACAUUGCAGCUGGGCCCUGCCAGCAGAUCCAGCAGCUCAUCACCUGCGGACUGUUGCCACCUCUGGUGGAGCUGCUUGAUAAGGGCGAUUUCAAGGCCCAGAAGGAGGCGGUGUGGGCAGUGGCCAACAUGACAACUGGUGGCACUGUGGAGCAGGUGGUAGAGCUCGUCCGCUCUGGGGUCCUCAAGCCUCUGCUCAACCUGCUUUUGUCCAAAGACAGCAAAACUAUCCUGGUCAUCCUGGAUUCCAUUUCAAAUCUCUUCCUGGCAGCUGAGAAGCUGGGAGAGACAGAGAGGCUGUGCCUGUUGGUAGAAGAACUUGAUGGUCUGGAAAAAAUUGAAGCCUUGCAAACCCACGACAACAACAUGGUCUACCGAGCUGCUCUGAAUAUCAUAGAGAAGUACUUUUCUGGUGAGGAGACUCCUGAUCUGCAGCCUGGGACCGAUGAGGAUGGGCUGUAUAACUUCUCAGUGGAGAAGCGAGACUUCAACUUCUGAAGAGGAAGCAUUGCACAGCUCCAACUUGGUGGGUGAAAGCUGGGUGUCCUGACCAAGAGGAGCAGACGUGUAUAGUCCUUUUACAUUUGAAACUUAUCAAUAAAUUGCACUUGUGGAUUUGUA